AAAUUAAUUUUGUGCAUGGUUCCUACAGAGGAAGAAUUGAGGGAGCAAUUGAAAAGCAUAGGAGGGUUAAAUAAGUAUUAUGCAGCGGUGACGGAACGCGAAGCUGAGAAUUUCACCAAUCUACUUCCUGGCCCUCAACCACCUGUAACAAAUGGUGAAGAGAAACCGUUCCUUAUCAUAUGGAAUCAUUUUAGGUCUUCAUUGUCACGCAACAGGAAAGAAUUUUCACGGAAAAAGACAUACUUGUCACGUAAUAGAAAAGCUGUGUCACACAACGAAGUCUUUGAGAACAACAUUGUGAGUUCAAAGAAAGUUCGUUGCGACUACCGAGGUGGUCGAACGGAGACCGGAAUGAUCCGAUUGUGCACCGAGUGUCAACGAGUUUCCAAACUAAGUUCCAGUCGAUUUCCACGUUAUAUCAAUGAAGUUGCGUGCGAUGAAGAAACUCCAAGUCGGAAAAGGGACAAGUUGUGCUGUAACAUGGAACACGGAAUGUGCAUACAGCGUUUUAUAUUAAUUGACUUCCUAGUUAGUACUGGAAAAUACGUGGAGGUGGAUUCCCCAAAUCCUCAGCUAUAUUUCAAAGCUUUUAAGCAGGUCUGGGAACCGUACACGCAAAAGAUUCGUAGUUGCUGUGACUUUCAGCUGUGGUAA